ACUCCUCUGGCAGAUCGCUGUUAGCUUUCCCGCCGAGAUCCGGAGCUCUCCUCCAGCUGUUGGAGGAAAGACAGGAAAGAGCUUAUUUUUCUUUUGAAAUACCUUGGCACAACCAGCAAGGGAACAUCUUGUCGAACAUUUAAUAGAGAGUUGAAAAGUGAAAUAAUUUUAAUUCAUUGCAAAGGGCCCUUUGAUUCGGGGUUUUGUUUUUCACUCCUGCCCCCUGCCCCGUUUCUAACUCUCAAGUCAACCGAGCCCAAACAUGGUGAUGUUCAAGAAGAUCAAGUCUUUUGAGGUGGUCUUUAACGACCCCGAAAAGGUGUACGGCUGUGGGGAGAAGGUGGCUGGCCGGGUGAUAGUGGAGGUGUGUGAAGUCACUCGAAUCAAAGCUGUCAGGAUCCUGGCUUGUGGAGUGGCCAAAGUCCUGUGGAUGCAGGGAUCCCAGCAGUGCAAACAGACCUUGGACUACCUGCGCUAUGAAGACACUCUUCUCCUGGACGACCACCCAACAGGGGAGAAUGAGAUGGUGAUCAUGAGACCUGGAAACAAAUAUGAAUACAAGUUUGGCUUUGAGCUUCCUCAGGGGCCUCUGGGAACAUCUUUCAAAGGAAAAUAUGGGUGUGUAGACUACUGGGUGAAGGCUUUUCUUGAUCGCCCAAGCCAGCCAACUCAAGAGACAAAAAAACACUUCGAAGUGAUGGAUCUAGUGGAUGUCAAUACCCCUGAUUUAAUGGCACCUGUGUCUGCUAAAAAGGAGAAGAAAGUUUCCUGCAUGUUCAUUCCUGAUGGCCGGGUGUCUGUCUCUGCUCGAAUCGACAGAAAAGGGUUCUGUGAAGGUGAUGAGAUUAACAUCCAUGCUGAUUUUGAGAAUACAUGUUCCCGCAUUGUGGUGCCCAAAGCUGCCAUUGUAGCCCGCCACACUUACCUUGCCAAUGGCCAAACCAAAGUACUGACGCAGAAGUUGUCAUCGGUCAGAGGCAAUCACAUUAUCUCAGGAACCUGUGCAUCAUGGCGUGGCAAGAGCCUUCGGGUGCAGAAGAUCAGGCCUUCUAUCUUGGGCUGCAACAUCCUUCGAGUUGAAUACUUCUUACUGAUCUACGUUAGUGUCCCUGGCUCCAAGAAGGUCAUUCUUGACCUGCCCCUGGUAAUUGGCAGCAGGUCAGGCCUCAGCAGCCGGACGUCCAGCAUGGCCAGCCGAACCAGCUCCGAGAUGAGUUGGGUAGAUCUAAACAUCCCUGAUACCCCCGAAGCUCCUCCAUGCUAUAUGGAUAUCAUUCCUGAAGAUCACCGAUUGGAGAGCCCCACCACUCCUCUGCUAGAUGACACAGAUGGCUCUCAAGACAGCCCUAUCUUUAUGUAUGCUCCUGAGUUUAAGUUCAUGCCACCACCUACUUACAGUGAGGUGGAUCCCUGCAUCCUCAACAACAACGUGCAGUGAACAUGUGGAAGGAAAGAAGCAGCUAUACCUACUUCUUUCUUUUCACCUCUCUUCCUGGACUGACUUUUUAGGAGACUCAACAGUCUCUGCAGUGGGGUACAGAUCCACCCCAGCCUCUGACUCUCCGGUGUAGGAGGUGAUCAUCAGGCAAUCUCUUGGGCCUUAAAGGGUGCGCAGUCGUCCUCAGCCAGUGAGAUGUUGUGACAAGGGUUUUUUUGCUGGAUGGGUUUAAAAACACAGACAAAUUUAGGCCCAUUCCAUUUUCUCAGAUCUUUUUUGAGAAUUGAGGCAUUUUAAAUAAGGGGUAGAAAUGGCCUCCUGGUGUGGUCUUCCCAAGGUUUUAUGGAGGGGAUUUCAGACUGUUAUAACAAUAGAUCUUGAACCUCUGCCAUGUGGAGAAAAGCCAAUUUAGCAAA